AAUGAAUGCAAUACGCGAUUGCAUUGCGAAUGUGCAACAUUAUUGCGCAAGGAUUGCAUCGUUCUAAGAUUUGUCAAAGCAAUCUAUUUAUGUAAUUUUGUGUGUGUCCUAUAUAUUUAUCAAAAUUUAACGUUUCUACAUUUAUACAUAGUGGUACUUGCGUCAUGAUAUUAUUGUGCAAUUUGUAAAUGAAAAAGCGUGUUCUGUAAGCGUCACGUAUGUGUGUGUGUUAACUGUUAUCAGUAUCACAAUUAAACCUGGACCCGCAGUCAACAUGCUAACGUAAACUUAUUGAAUUAGGGUAUCAACUUACACAUUUGGAGCAUCAUGCAGUAAUAAGUAAAACUAGGACCCUGUAGGACUUCUAGGAGUCAGUAGGAUUUUCAACGUUUGUAUAUAUGCAAGACAACCACCACCAUGCGAACUCUAAGUACGCAGGAAUUAGCCACCCUGCAGAGGCAGCCGGAAAAUAUUCGAAACAUCUGCAUUCUCGCACAUGUAGAUCAUGGAAAGACAACUCUAGCGGAUGCUUUGAUAGCUAGCAAUGGAAUCAUAUCUCACAGAUUGGCUGGUAAAGUAAGGUAUAUGGACAGCAGACCAGAUGAACAGGCGAGAGGAAUAACAAUGAAAUCUAGUGCAAUAUCACUUAGUUUCACAAAAGAUGAACAGAACUAUUUAAUAAAUCUGAUCGAUUCGCCGGGCCACGUCGAUUUCUCCAGUGAGGUCUCUACGGCAGUGAGACUCUGUGACGGUGCCAUAGUUGUUGUAGAUGUCGUCGAAGGAGUCUGCCCACAGACGAAGGUCGUGCUGCGUCAGGCGUGGCUGGAGCGCAUCAAGCCCGUGCUCGUUCUCAACAAGAUCGAUCGGCUGAUCACCGAAGUGAAGCUGUCGCCGCUCGAAGCCCACCGGCACCUACAGCAGAUACUCGAGGACGUGAACGCCGUCACGGGCGAACUGUUCAUGUCGACUGCACGAGCAGCGUGCGACCCGGUGGCGCCACCCGCAAACAGUGAGCAGACGAUACGACAGGCAACGCAGCGUGAGGUGCAGAACGACGAGAGAGAUGAGCAGGUGUAUGACUGGAGCACGGGUCUGGAGGAGACCGAUGACAGCCACCUGUACUUCUCGCCCGACCAGGGCAACGUCAUCUUCGCGUCGGCCAUCGACGGCUGGGGGUUCGGAGUCGAGCAAUUCGCCGUGCUGUACGCGCGUAAGCUCGGCGUGCGUGAGGACGUGCUGCGACGCACGCUCUGGGGCGACUACUACCUGAACUCGAAGACGCGACGCGUGUGCCGCGGGGCGCUCGCUCGCGGCCGCAUGCCGCUCUUCGUGCGCUGUGUACUCGCCAACGUGUGGGCCGUCUACGAGGCCGUGCUCGACGGGGAGGAGAAGGACGCAGCGGGGAGGAUCGCGCGCGCGUUGGGUGCGAGCGUGCCGGCGCGCGACGCGAGACACGCGGACCCGCGCGUGCGCCUGCGCGCCGUGUUCGCCGCGUGGCUCCCCCUCGCGCGCGCCGCCCUCACCGUCGUCGUCACGCGGCUGCCGUCCCCGCGACAGGUCGGCACGGAGCGAGUCGAGCAUCUGCUCUGCGCGCACGGAGAGAGACUUGACUCGACGCCGGCGGCGACGCAGGCGCUGCGCGACGAUUUCCUGCGCUGCGGCAGCGGAGACGACACUCCGACGAUCAUUUACGUCUCGAAGAUGUUUGCCGUCGAGCGCGCGGCGCUCGCCGAGUUCAAGCAGUGCCCCCUGACGGCGGAGGAGAUCGCGGAGCGGCACACCGUCGCCCGGCAACGGCACACCGAGAGGCUGCGUGCUCGAGCGGAGGAUGCUGCUUGCGGCGGCGACGAGGGAGCGAUGGUGAACGGAAGCGCGGGAGAGGAUGGGACGGCGUCGGCGGUAACCUUGGCAACGGACGCGGAGCCGGCGUUGACGGAAACUGCGGCGACAGAUGAGAAUGUGUUUCUGGCGUUUGCGAGAGUUUUUAGCGGGACUGUUCGUCCCGGCCAAAAGCUGUACGUUCUCGGACCAAAGCACAAUCCCAGGACGGCUUUAGAACAUAUGGAGAUAAUGCCCGGCGAGAAUAUACAUAACCUAGCCAGCGACAAGCACAUUACGGUGUGCACCAUUGGUCAGCUCUACUUACUCAUGGGAAAGGAACUGGAAAGAUUGGACGAAGUGCCUGCUGGAAACGUUCUUGGCAUCGGGGGCCUGGCUGACCACGUGCUGAAGUCGGCUACGAUCUCAAGUACGGUCGCGUGCCCGGCGUUCACUGACACAUACAUGAGUGCGUCGGCCAUUCUGCGUGUGGCCCUCGAACCGAAGCAUGCUAGCGAGAUGCCGCAGCUCGUGCGCGGCAUGCGCCUGCUCAAUCAGGCCGACCCUUGUGUGCAGGUCGUCGCCCAGGAGACCGGAGAGAACAUUCUCGUCACCGCUGGAGAGAUGCAUCUGCAGCGUUGCCUUGACGACCUACGCGAGAGGUUUUCGAAGAUCGAGCUGGAUGUGUCGCCGCCGAUCGUGCCGUUCAGAGAAACGAUCGUUGCCGAGCCGAAGGUCGACAUGGUCAACGAAGUCAUCGAUGACGUGACAAAGAAACCUGCGAGAAGGGUGAACUAUGAUGGGGAUGAAGAGGCUGCGACUGCGGAGGAGGCGCGCGAACCCUGGGUCGAGGUGAAAACACGUAACGGGCUGAUCACGAUGAAGAUACAAGCCGUGCCUCUACCCGAGCAGGUGACGAAGAUACUGGAGCGGAAUGCCGAAAACCUGAAAACGCUCGUUGACUGCACGGCGGUGAAGGGAGAGGCGGCGGGCGGGCUGGAGACGCUGAGCAGCGAGCGACUACACACGCUGCGGGAACUACGCGACAAGUUACGCCAAGCCUUCACCUCCGCCGCUGCCGACGACGACGCAUCACUCUGGGAGGGCGCCAACGACAAGCUGUGGGCGUUCGGUCCGCGCCGCACCGGCACCAACGUGUUGCUGAACGCGAUCCCAGGCUACCGGCAGCCGAGCGUGUGGCGCGGGCUCGACGACGACCAGCAGGCGGCGCCGCCGGAGGGGGUGCUGGCGGCGUGCGACAGCAGCCAGCAGGGGGCGCUGGGCCAUGCUGGCGACGUGCGACAGCAGCCAGCAGGGCGGCGCUGGGCGUGCUGGCGACGUGCGACAGCAGCCAGCAGGGGGCGUGGGGUCUGCGCGCGGGGCGCAGCAGCGUGGUUAGCGGCUUCCAACAGGGGCGCUGGGCGUGCUGGCGGCGUGCGACAGCAGCGUUGUGAGCGGCUUCCAGCAGGGGGCGCUGGGCGUCGCUGGCGGCGUGCGACAGCAGCGUUGGUGAGCGGCUUCCAGCUGGCAACGCGCGGGCCGAUGUGUGAGGAGCCGAUCACAGGACGUGUGCUUCGUGGCAGAGACUGGACGCUGCGAGUUCGCCGCCGCCGGCCCGCAGGUUGCCGCGGCGAGCCGACGCCGGAGACGGGGGAACGUGCGACGCCGCGAAGCCGACUUGGGACGAAAGCAUGGCGGCCGCCAGAGGCUGAUAUGCCAUGUACUCGUCCUAUCCACGGCAACCCGGCAGAGGUGCUCGGGCGCGUGUACGCGGUGCUGUCGCGGCGUCACGGCCGCGUGCUCAGUGAGGACAUGAGGGAAGGCUCGCAGGUGUUCAGCAUCCACGCAGUGCUGCCCGUCGCCGAGAGCUUUGGCUUCACGGAGGAGAUGAGGAAGCGAACGAGCGGCCUCGCCAUGCCGCAGCUCAUGUUCAGCCACUGGGAGGUGAUGGACACAGACCCGUUCUGGGUUCCCACGACGGAGGAGGAGUAUCUGCUAUACGGAGAGAAAGCCGACUCGGAGAACCUUGCGCGCAAGUUUAUGAAUGGCGUGCGGCGGCGCAAGGGACUGUCGGUGCAAGAGAAGAUCAUCCAGCAUGCUGAGAAGCAGCGCACUCUGGGGAGGAACAAGUGAACGUGUCACGGUCACGUGCCACUCGUCAGAGGGGGAAUCGUCCGUCGUGUUGGGAAGCGGUUAACUCUUGGAAUAAAAACAAAUGAACGUGUUGACGUCACACGCAAACUCAUCAGACUGGGUUAGUCGUCUGUCGUGAAGCGGCGCACUCUGUGGAGGAACAAGUGAACGUGUCGUCAUCACACGUUGCUUGCCAGACCGGCCAGUCAUCCAGCGUUCGCAGCCAUGUGAUCUAGAAGCAAGUGAUCAUGUCGAAAUACGUCGACAAGCACUUUCCAAAGACGUUAGUCAUCAUGCUUAUAGAACAGUAUGUUGUGAGAAUUGAAUGUGUACUAUAGAGCAAGCAGCAACAGCUAGAGAGCACUGUGUGAGCUUUAUGAAGCUUCUGUUGCUAAUGUUGAAGAACUGCAGCAUUCUGAGAGCACAUGAAGAAACAUGUGGACAUGUUUAUUUAUUCUCACAAAUCAACAGGAAUGAAGAAAGCUAGAAUGAAGAGGGUAGAUUGAUUAACUGACUGGUAGCUAUCAUUUUAAAAUUAUUUGGAAAACAGAGCAAACCUAUGCUUUUAAUAUGAAACGUGUUGAAUAUAUAAUCUGUAGUUUGGAAAGUUAUUAAAUUUCCUGAUCUAGAUAAUCAACAUUUUUAUAAUGCUAAUGCUAUCAUUUCAACUCAGAAUAAUGCUUAAGUAAUUUAAAGAAAGUUGUUCUUUAUUAGCAAAAUAAAACUUUUCUACAUUAUAAUACAUCAACAGCUGUAAUUUUUACUGUUAACAAACAGGGUUUCCACACCCCCUUGAAAGUCCUUGAAUUUUGUCCUUUGUCCUUGAAAGUCCUUAAUUUUUCCUUUUGUCAUUAAAAGUCAUUGGAAAUAUGUCCAAGUUCUUAUUUUAUGUCUAAUGUCCUGGAAUUUUACAUUUUUGACCUAAAAUAAAAAGCCAGUCUUCAUCGCUGGUUAUCUGAC